AUCUAUGACCAUUUGUUAUUGUGUAACAGCAACGACCAAAACAGUGGAAGCGCAGCCGAUCAAGAAAACUGCGUUUUGACAUAUCUUCAACAAAUAGAUGCCAUAAUUGAAUCACUAAAUUAUGCGCGUCUGCUUCCGAAAAACGGAAAUACCACUGGCAUUGCCACAGAUAGAACCAGAAAUGUCUGUGAUGAAUCCGUCUCUGACGCAGCACAGAACAUUGAAGAAGUUCAGAACACAGCAAGCUCGGCAACAGCAGGAGCAGCAGGAGCAGUAGCAGCUUCUACCACAAAUGGAAUUGAGAAAGAAGGUUCCAGUUCUGUAGAGGACAAGGAAAAUUUGGGCGCCGUCGACCAAGCAGUCUCAGAUGAGGAGGUGCCACCAUCUGGUGAAUCGAAGCUUGUAAGAAUUCAAACUUUUGCAAGUUUUGUUAAAAUAAAAAAAAAAACCAGCAAGGUUGUUGCUGCAUAA